AUGGACUGGGGCGCGUCGCCGUCGAGCUGGACCUGCGGCUUCUCCGAGUACACGUGCACGCCCGGCAACGGGGCGACGGACCUGCGGGACUGCCCGGCGAUCUACGAGGACUCCAUCGUCGUCGCGCCGCGGGAGAUGCGGUCCGAGUCCGAGAAGCGCUUCGAGGCGCUCAUGGGCGAGGGCGGCGGCGACGCCGCCGUGCCCGUCGCGGCCGUCGAGCACCUCGAGGUCGGCGACGCCGCGCCGCGCGCGACGGCGAUCGCCGUGCCGGACGGUCCGCCGCCGCGCGCGGCGCCGCGCGGCGCCUUCUUCGCGAGCGUCGGCGCCAUGGCCGAGGACGCCGCGGCCUUCCGGGCCUGGCGCGACGACCACUUCCCGCGCCAGGCCCGCGCGCCCGCCGUCGUCCCGCCCGAUUUCGCCGCGUUCUGCCGCGGCCACGACUUCGCGACGCGCGGCGCCUACGACGCCUUCGUCGCCGCGGGCGGCUGGGCCGCCUACCCCGGCGCUGUCUGCGCCGCCGUGGAGCUCGACGAUCUGUGGGAGGUCGACGGCGGCUUCCGAGUCGCGGGGCGCGUCGUCGUCUCGCACUACGACGGCCGCGUCGCCGCGGAGCUCGACUCGCGCAAGCUGGACCGCGUCGCGCCCGCGGCGCCGCCGCGCCUGGCCCUCGCGAACGCGCGGCCGGCGGCCUGCGACCUCGCGGCGGCGCCGGGCGACGACGACGCGCGGUCGCCGGUCUUCGAGCGGGCCUACGCGCUCCCGGCCGGUCUCGAGCUCGCGGCGCCGGGCGACGGCGCCCAGUUCCCCUUCGACGUCGCGACGCCGGCGCUCCGCGUCGCCCUCGACGCGGACCGCGCGGCCGGCGCGGCCGCGUUCUGGCUGCCCGUGGGCGGGUCGCUCGCGCUCAACGCGCGGCUCCGCGGCUGGGACGUGCGCGCGCCGGCGCUGGCCGUGGCGGACAAGGUCGGCGACCGGCCCGUCCUGACGCUGCGCCUCGCGCUCUCGCGCCGCUGGCGGCCCCACGCGGCGGCGGCCGCGGCGCUCGCGGGCGCGUCCGCGCUCGCGCUCCUGCCCUACGCGGUCCGCCCCCACCGCGUCGCGCCGCGGCUCGUCGCCGGCUUCCUCGCGCUCCUCGCCGUCGCCGCCGCGCGCGCCGCGGCGGCCGCGAGGCGGCCGCCGGCGGCCGCGCGCGCGACGGCGCUCGACGCCUACGGCGCCGCGUGCCUCGCCUUCGCCGGCGCGACCUGCGUCUCCCACGUCGCCGUCCGCGCGCUCCCCGGCGGCGCGCGGGGCGCCGCGGACGCCGCGAGCCUCGCGGCCUUCGCCGCGGCCUGGGCGCUCGGCCACGCGGCCGUCGCGCUCCGCGCGCGGCGCCGCGCGGCGGCCGUCGCCGCGGCCUUCGGCCCCGCGUGGGACCAGGCCGAGCUCCUCGCGCCCGGCGCGGCGCCGCCGGACCACGUCGCCGCGCGCACGCGGCUCCCGCCCGUCUUCCCCGUCUAA